GUAAAGGACGCCAUUGCCAUGAAUCUCGAGAGACAGGGCGAGGGGACAGCAAUGGCGGAAGGAAGAGAAGGAGAUUGGGAGUGCAGCAGCUGCAACAAUCGGAACUACGCGUUCAGAUCGUUCUGCAACAGAUGCAAGCAGCCACGCCUCCUCGUCGACGCCAAAACGCCCGCCGAUUCCAAAUGGCUUCCCCGCGCCGGUGACUGGAUCUGCACCGGUUGCACUAACAACAAUUAUGCAUCAAGGGAAAAGUGCAAAAAGUGUGGGCAACCAAAGGAGGUGGCGGCAUUGCCAGCAAUUGCCAUGGCUGGAGCUUCACUCCCAACUUAUUCACAUUAUUUUGCCAGGGUCCAAGAAGUAUUGGGACGAAAGAUGGAAGUUGGAGCAAUGGGCAGUGGUGAUCUUCAGGAGGUUCCCUUAAAUUCCUCUGCUAGGGAAUUUGAUAACUACGGAGCUCAGUCACCCAGGCUCUUAGGUGGAAACCUUAAUGCAGGACUUCCAUUUCCGAACCCUUUCAAUCAGCUUCCUCCUGGUCUAAAAGGAUGGCGUAAUGGUGAUUGGAUAUGCCGCUGUGGUUUUCAUAAUUACUCUUCUCGUACGCAGUGUAAAAAGUGCAAUGCUUUUAUGAGCACCAUGCCAUCAGCACUUGGAAUGAAGCGGCUAGCUUCUGAAAAUCUCAUCGAUGAGUGGGAUAACAAGAGACUGAAUGCCAGAAUGACAACCAUAGACCAGCAAUCCUACAGGGGCUUUGAGCAAGUAUCUGGAGGUAGCUUUGUUCCAAGAAAUGGAGAUUAUGCCUCUCUUCCGGUUGCCGAUUCCGUUGUGGCUUCAAAUAUGCAAGUCCAGACUUCAUGUCAAGCAGCUGCAUCUCUCCCCGGAAAAGGAGCAACACAAUGGCGGGAUGGUGAUUGGAUGUGCACAAAUUGUAACAACCAUAACUACAAAUCCAGAAAAGAGUGCAAUAGAUGUAAGACUCAGAAACCAGAUCUUCCGCAACCCGUUGCUGAUCCAUGAAAGCUUCGGGUUGAUGUAAACAUGAUUGCUCCGGUUUCCUUUAGGCUUUCUUUGCUGAGCCAUGCUGUCAAAAAAGUCGACCGUCACUUAUACAGGCCUCUUUCGCGCAUUUUGCAUUCGAUGGAUGGUCCUGUAGAUUUUCGAUUGACAGUUAGUGAGCACAGUGGAGUACUUGUCGCGAAAUCAAGUUUAGAUCAUGUGUGGUUGAAUAUUAGUUGUAUUACAUUGCAACGGAGAAUCUGUGGCUACAUCGAGUUUAAAGUGCAUGUAGAUGAAUAUUAUAACUGGUGGUUAUGUUAUUUACCUCCAGAACUUUUACUUUAUGUUCGUUAAUUGUGCA